AUGGAUUACGAAUCAAAAGGAGUCACAUGUCGAGUCGAUUAUAUUCGAUCAAUUCCUGGUAUUCUUAAAAUAAUUGAACUUUUUUGUGAUCUACUUGGAACUGCUUUGGCUGGUGCAGGACCUGCAGUUGAUAGCGUUACUACAGGACAACGAGGCUUCUUUUUAUUUGUUUCUAUAGUAGCACUUAUUAUAACAACAGUGCUCUUAGUUUUGGGUUUAUUAAAUAUACACAAUGUUUUUCUGACAGGUCGUUGGCCAAUAAUUGAAUUCUGUUGGUGUGCAUUUAUUUCGCUUUUCUAUUUUAUUGCAAGUAUUGUUAUAGCUACAGUCGGAAAAUAUGAUGGAAGAUUUGGCGCUGCAGCGUUUUUUGGCUUUGCAGCUUUUAUUACAUAUGUAGCUGAGGCAGUUCUUCAAUUUCGUGCGUAUAGAUCUGGUGGUUCUCAAGGUCAACGCGAACAACAAUAUGGAGUAAAUCCACCACCACCACCACCUACUCGUCCACAACCAACUUAUUAA